AUUUUCCUAUUCCUUCUUUUUGGGGGAGUUGCAGAACCACCACACACACACAAGUUGCAGGAGAAAAAGAAAAAAAAGUCGAAAAAAGAAGAAAAAAGAAGAAGAAGACGCUCUGUUCUUGAAUCUUGAAUCAAGCAAAGCUGCUAGGGAGGUGGCUGAACAAAACCCUAAUCCUAAUUUCCCCCGAAUAUGCCAUUUCUGAGGAUAGUGAGACUUCUCUUACCAGGGAUCAGAGUGUUGAUUAGAAGGUCGUUACUUUGGUUGCUGUAGAUGCAUAUCCCUUCUUGGAUCUACCAGUUACUUGGUUGCAUGGGAGGUUGUUUUGGAUGCUGCAAUAAACCACCGCUUAUAGUUGCAGUGGAUGAGCCGUCUAAAGGGUUAAGGAUUCAAGGUCGUCUAGUGAAGAAGCCGACGAGCGUGUCAGACGAUUUCUGGAGCACAAGCACCUGCGAGAUGGAUAACAACAGCACGAUGCAGUCUCAGAGAAGCGUUUCUUCUAUCAGCUUCACUAACAUCACUGCUGCUUCAGCUAGUAGUAGCAACCCCAAUGAAUUUGUUAACAAUGGAUUGAGCCUCUGGUUGCAAACUAGACAACAGUGGCUUGCGAAUGGAUCUUCUUCUCAAACAAAGGCCAAAGUUCGAGAACCUACAAUAAGCUGGAAUGCAACAUAUGAGAGCUUGUUGGGUAUGAACAAGCGGUUCUCUCGUCCAAUACCUCUCCCUGAAAUGGUGGAUUUUCUGGUGGAUGUGUGGGAGCAAGAGGGCUUGUAUGAUUGAUUUAUUUGCAACUCAAGAAUAUACUCAGUCUCAUCUCCUUUUUCUUCUUCUUCUUGUGUGUGUUGUGUGUAAUCAAACUUGGCUUCCUGAAAAGUAUUUAAAAUCUCAAGGAACUAAGAUAUUUUUACCUUCAAAAAGGAAAUACUUAUUCAUAUAUGUCUUUUUGUUUGUGUGUUUAGUAUGUGUUAAACACUUGAUUAUUGUAAUAAACUCAGAAUUGUAUUAUAUUUUAUAACCAAGUAAAAGUUUUUAUGUACUA